AUGGCGAUUGCUUCAACAGCCACCGUUAUCUUCUGCUGCGCGAAACCAGAUUUCCGGCGAAUUCCGUCCCAUUGCCGUUCACCUUCUCCGUCUUCCUCUCCUCUCACGACCUUAACCGAACCCGUAACUCGGAUUCGGAGCCGUAGCUUAAUCCAUGAUCCGAUUUCGCUGUCGGGUCUGAUCGGAACCGGUUUGGCGGCGGCUGCAUUCGUCGCGACGGGACCAGAUGCUACUGCUAUGGCGGCGAUGGAUUCUCUUCAGCUAAGCGAACCGGCUAAUGCGCUGUCUUUACCCACUUGGGCCGUUCAUGUUUCCAGCGUUGUCGAAUGGAUUACGGCGAUGGCGUUGGUAUGGAGAUAUGGAGAAAGAAAAGGUUACGAGUCAUGGAAAGGUCUCUCAUGGGGAAUGGUGCCUUUGCUUGGUGGAGCUCUGUGUGCAUGCACAUGGCAUUUCUUUUACAAUGAUGAAUCUCUUGAGGUGUUGGUGGCGCUUCAGGCAGCACUAACUGUGAUUGGGAACAUUACUUUGUGCAUCGCUGCCUUUCGAAUCAACAAGUCCUCAUCCAAAAUGGAAAUAUCAGAAAAAUCGUGA